AUGGCAAGCUCUUUAGCAAACAGGACACAAGAAGUCAUCUUUUCCAGGAGAGCAAACAUUGCUUGGAGUACCAUCUUUGGCUUUCUCGCUGUAAUUAUUGUGGCCGGUAAUGCUUUAACAAUUGCAGCGUUUACAGCCAGGCGACUUGUUCGUAGACGUGCUGUUUUCUUUCUGAUCAGCUUAGCUAUGGCUGAUAUGAUGGUUGGAGCAGUUGCCAUACCGCUUUACAUCUAUUUGAGCAUUCAGAAAACCUUAACAAAGAGAGCUGUUCACCACAUCUAUGAAGCAGUGGACAUCCUGUCCGGAUUGGCCUCUGUGUUCACACUGGCACUGAUUUCUGUUGAAAGGCUGUUCGCCAUUGGGUGGCCUUUGUUUCACCGCACCCUACGUAAACGAGCCUACUUUUAUUUUGUGGGUCUGGCCUGGAUUUCUGCCCUAAUCAUAUCCAUCAUAGACUUGCUUUAUCACUACAACAUCGUGUCUUACCUCGCUACUCUGGACAUUGUUCUCACUGCUCUGUGUACUUCGUUUGUAGUUACUUGCGCUGCAUAUUUGGGUCUGUUUGUUAAGGUUCGUUCUCGAGAUUAUAGUGUAGUUGGGAAGGAACAGGACAAGAGACUAGCAAAGACACUAUUCCUUGUAACUGGAAUGUUUAUGGUCACAUGGCUGCCUUUUCAGUGCCUUCUGUAUGUGGUACACUUUUGCAAGACAUGCCCCUUCCCUUCUCAAAAUACAGUGAACUUCAUUAAACUAUUACAAUAUUUCAAUUCCUUUAUAAAUACGGUUAUUUACUCACUAAGAAUGCCUGAAUUCAGGAAGGCAAUUUCUGAGGCUUUUAAAGGUAGAAGAAGUCAUAAUCCUAACAAAGAUAAGAAUAUUUACCUCAAAAACCUUCAAGGAGACACACUGAGUGCAGUUGGUGGUGUUCUGGGCUCCUAUUCGUCACUAAAUCUACGCCUUUGUAUGGGAACUGAAAACAUCGUCCUAUCAGAAUUGAACUCGUCAAAUCUUCGAAGGAAGUGUUUUGCUUUUAAUAGCUCUAGAAAUUUGAGAAAGAGCUCCAGCCGUAGAACUUUCGUAAGUGUAUCAGUAGUUUAAGCUCAUGGUCCAACAGAUCUUUCGGCUGUUACGAUCACGUGGACAACAGAAAAUGGUCGUGACGCGAAAAAAGGUAUCACCAGGGGCUGAACAAGAUGAAAUACGAUUUCUGAUUUUGACGCCAGUGGUGAUUAAGUGAGAGAUCACUGGCUAUUAAAAUGGUUUUUAUAAUCGGAAAAAUGCUGAACACGAAGUCAUAUUUGUCCUUCAAGGUGAAGUAACCGUAACUUAGCAGUUUAGCCGAAGAAGCUCAAUUUGGUAAUUCUGUAAGUUCCAUAACGUUCUUUCCAUUACCGGGAUCUAUUUCUUACAACAUGAACAACCAUUUUAAGAUGGACAAGGCCAUGAGAUAAAGUCAUGAAAUAGAGAUUUUCUGAAAAGUAGCUUUCUUCUGCACAAAGUUGUAUUUAUUAGAUAUGCGACGUAGGCUAAAUGUUCUCUUAGGAGUGUAUAAUUGUUUAGGAAUGGCCGUUGUAAUUGAGCCUUUGCGCGUGCGUUUUACAUGUUAACUAAUUCCAGAAUCAAUGUAAUUUGUAUCUUUUACAAAUUUCAUGUAAAUAUCAUAUAAUAUAUCAAAUCGACUACAGGUACGAUUAAGGUGAUGACUUAAAGCUGGAAAUAAAUUACUAUACAAUGAUUAAAUAUCAUAUAAUAUAUCAAAUCGACUACAGGUACGGUUAAGGUGAUUACUUAAAGCUGAAAAUAAAUUACUAUACAAUGAUUAAACCAAUUAGUUGUGCAUGUAAAUAGGAUCAAGCAAAAAAUUUAGAAUAAAAAGGAAGGAGGGCUAUCACAAAAUUCUACCACAACAAAAAAAUAUCAAGUUAAAUGUCUGCAACAACCAAGUCUUCAUUCCACGCUGAAGGCUAUUUGUGUUGCUUUUGUUCCAGUGUCUUAUAUAUUCAUAAUUUUAUCUUACUCCUGUCCUACUUUUUAAACAGAGGUCAGCUAAGUUGCCCUUGCAAAUUAAAAUGUAUCACCCUAAUCUCGGCCAGUGGGUAAAGUGCUUUUCAAUGCUGUCAUCCUGCACAACCAUAAAUAAACAGUCUUAUUAAUUAUUAUCAUCGAUUGUUCUGUGGUCAGGAAAGAAAGAUAAAGGUUUAUACCAAUGUGCCUAUAAUUGUACAGAUCUUUCCAUAAAUUCCAUAACAUUUUCCUUUCAUUUUUUAGUGGAAAACGAUGCAACUUUUAUUUUCUUUCGUUUUUCCUCCGAUUGCGGUAUAAUUGUAUAGAUUUUGCCAUGAAUUCCAUAACACUUUUUUCGUGGAAAAUAAUGCACCUUUUAUUUUCCUUCAUUUUGCCUCCGAUUGCGGUAAAUAACACCCAAUGACAUUCAUUAAAGAAAAUUACAAAUAACAUCCUGUGUCAGCGUUUCGUAAGUUAGACCUCGGUUGCAAACAAAAUGAAAUGAAACAACGGGGCGAGAGGGGAAGAAUUUCUCAUUUUUUUUUUUAUGUUUUAACCGAUUUUUCUGUGAUUCCGGAGGGUUUUUGUCGCGUUUUCUUACCGCACUGCUUGGUUGUAGUACAAUAACUUAUGGCCGAGAUAGAUUCAAAGGCGGUAAGCCACAGUGGUCGGGAGAUCUUUUGAAUGGGAUAAAUCAAAUAUUUGUUUGGUUUCAAAUUAUCAUCUUAAUUGAUUGUAUUGCAGAAGGGUGAGUCUACCAAUUGAAACAUUGCUUUUCAAAUUUUAUCACACCAGUGACCUAUUCUUGUAAUUAAACAUAAGUUUUUCAAAAAAUUAUUUUCUUCACCGGAUGGCAUUAUGUCAUUUCCUUGAUUUCCUUUUCCUUCCAAUGUUUGUAUUGUAACGAUGGUUAGCACAAUAAAAACGUCUUAUGUUUACAGAUAAACAUCCAGGCGCUGUAUAAAGGUCAGUAUGAAUUGUGUCUGGUGCAAAUUCGUUUAUUCAGAUUAGUCAACAAUGUAUUUUUGACGCUUUCCGAUCUGCACAAAUGAUAUAGCUAAGCAUUCUUAAAUCAAGAGAUGGGAAAAAUAUUUCAGAUAACAUUCUCACAUCAACAGUCAGUCGUUGGUAUACCCAAUAAGUGAGGAAAGCUCUAAAUUGAUAUCUUUUUAAAAAGUUUCUCUCUUGUAUCAUUUUAUUUUUCAUUAAAAUUUCACUCCUACUCAUGGAGGGAUCUGACGUAUUUACCGAUAAGAAUUUUGCUAUACUUCUAUCUUAGAUCCCGUCAUAAAUAAUUGCGAUAAAAAAAAGGAAAACAAAUAUUUGUUCUUGCUGUGUAAACGAACUCUAUAAUCACCCAUGCAGACUCGCUUCAACAAAUUCACUCCAUGGUAGUCUAGCGAUUCAGCUGAGCUUAUGCUGAUACUUUGGCCGUUUUGCUGCUCUUGAAUCAUUUCAGAAGCUAUAGACCUUGACUGAUGUGACUUAUACACCCAGUGGCCGUUUGAUAAUGACGACAAGACGAUGGAUAUAGUCUGUUUGAGCUGCUGAGCAGUGGCAAGUGCUCUUAAAUGACCCUGGUAGGAUUUCAUGUAAAUCUUAAACAAGAUAUUAGCAAAUCUUAGAAAACUACCCUGAUCAAAACCGGGAAAGAGGUAUUUUAGGGCAAAUUACAGAUAGAAAAACUACAAUUACUUCGUUGAUCAAUCAUUCAGAUUAAGAGUUCCAUGUAAGAGGUCUGGAAAUCGUAAAUCGUACGAAUUUCAGAGAAGCGAAAAUUGGAGGGGGUCAAGCGAUUUGGCAUCGUUGACGUCUUCGGAAAAGACAAUUCAUUGUAGCUCACUUAAACCACUUGGGCUGAGUUGAUGUUCUAGGACACCCAAACACUUUUCUAGCUUUUGUUUUGUAGUAGAGAUUGAGCCCAGUAUGCUUUUUUGGAACUGCAUUUGAGAAGAAAGCGAUAUUUUUAAUUCUCAGCUUAUCACAGAGAUCGCGCCAUGUUUGAAAAUUUGGGCAAAGUUCACCCCUUUUAAAACGUGUAUGCUACUUACUAACAUAAUCGACAUAAUUUUCUGCUCAUUUUUUUUUCUAUCGCAAUAAAAAAAAAUUUGCGUGGGAGAGUAACGACAACAGGCAAAAAGUAGCUUGAUCGAGUGGUGUGUCGAUUCUCUGUUUGAUUCCUUCUUCUGCCCUUUUUAUUGAUUGAUUGACUAGAUGAUUGAUGAAUGCUUUUAAGAUUUUUUUCUAAAUGAUUGUUUUUCUCCAUUAAUUGCUUUGUUGAUCGAUGAUGCUUUAAGCUAACAUAUAUAAACAAAAUAAUACAUUUUUUUGUUGUUAUAACCUUGGCGACGUACAGCUUAUGAUAUUCCAAUGGAUUUAUAUGGCAUGUUUUUAAAAGAGCACAUCGAAUCGAUGAAGCUUUUAAAGAAAAUUUACUAAUGGCAUUUAUUUUAUUUAUUUCCCAUGUAACGUGGAUCUAGAGGUUUUCUCCACAAAAUCAUCGAACAAAAAAGCUAAGUCCUUUUUACUUUCUUUCUCUCUCAAAAUCACAGACAUCAAUUCACAAAAGGACUCACAAUGGACUUCAACCAAUGGAAUAUUAUUUGGAGUAUCUGCUUUGGAGCAAUUGCCUUCAUGAUAAUUAUUGGAAACUGUCUCUCCAUCAUAAUCCUUCUCAAGCGCAGGCUUCGCAAACGUCCGCAUUACUUGCUGAUAAGUUUAGCCAUUGCGGACCUGUUGGUUGGUGUUUUUGCAAUGCCUAUUUACAUGAUCAUCGUGAUGUCUGGAAACAAAUUUGUUACAGUGCUUGUUUUUGAUUGUGUGGACAUGUUCACUGGAUUUUCCUCGGUGUUUACCUUGGUUUUAAUUUCCAUGGAAAGACUGAGUGCAAUCGCGCAACCUUUGCGCCAUCGACUGCUUACCUCACGAAGUUACAUCUUUGCGCUGAUAAUACCGUGGAUCCUGGCAGUAGCAGUGACGUCUUCUCGCCUGCUGCUACAGUUAGCCAUCAUAACAAAACAGCAGUUCCUGUGCAUUAUUAUCUUGAGUUUAUCGACCCCACUGUUCCUGUUGUGUCUGGCUUAUUGCAUCAUUAUGCAUAAGGAAGCCUUACGACCACAACUAGGUUUCAGAGCAAGGAGCGAAGCCAGGCUGUCUAAGACAGUGUGCCUAAUAACCGGCAUGUUUAUAUUAACGUGGAUGCCAUUCCAAGUAUUGGUCAUCGUUAUUCAUAAAUGCACUGUAUGUAGCAAAAGCGUACCUGUGUCAGUGGUAUUCUUAAUUAAGCUUCUGCAGUUCAGCAAUUCGGUCGUUAAUUUCUUCAUAUAUUGUCUUCGAAUGCCAGUGUAUCGAAGGGCAUUGUCUGCAUUGUUUCGGAGCUGCAAUUGCUUUGUCUCCCAAACUCAAGUGCACCCUUUCUUUCGGCAUCAAAACACUAAUGUCACAAUAAUUUCCCUCUCGAGUUCGGUGUCUGUAAACCGCUGCAGGCAAGGACAAAGUGAAAACUCAGAAAGUAUAAUGGAUACGCAAAUCAAUCAGAUAUAA